GUAUGUAAUGGAAAUUAACUUUGCAUACAUACGUUAUAAUUGCGCAUUGCCGUUAUUCCGGUUGACGCCUACCCAAUAUAGAUAUUGAUCGACUGGCAGUUGAGAAUAUUUACUAUGGCCUAGAUAUAAAAGGACGAUAGAUGACAGCUUAAGACCAAGCUUGAUCAGAGUAUCCAGUCUUUCAAGUUUCAUAAUCAAGUAAUCAGCAUUCAUCAUGGGUAUCCCCAAGGGCAAAGUUGCAUUCGUGACUGGUGCCAAUGGCAUCAGUGGACAUGCUAUCGUGGAGCAUCUGAUCCGAACAUCCAAAGAGGACUGGUCCAAGAUUGUCAUUUCCUCUCGUCGACCUCUGGGGAAUUAUUGGAUCGACCCUCGCAUCGAGUUUGUCGCUGUCGACUUUCUCGAUCCUCUGGAGACAAUCGUGGACGAGCUGAAGGACAUCUGCAAAGAUGUUACACAUGCUUAUUUCACAUCUUAUGUUCAUCACAAUGACUUCAGAGUCCUCAAGGAGAAGAACGUUCCCUUGUUCAGGAACUUUAUCGAUGCGAUGGAUACCGUUUGUCCUGAUCUGCAACGAGUAUGUCUGCAGACUGGUGGAAAGCAUUACGGUGUGCACUUGGGACCUGUCAAGGUUCCCCUGGAUGAAUCCAUCCCUCGCUACAACGACGAAGGUUACAACUUCUAUUACACCCAGGAGGACUACAUGUUUGAAGUCCAGAAGCGACGUAACACCUGGUCAUACAACAUCAUCCGCCCAAAUGCUAUCAUCGGAUUUACUCCACACGCAAACGGAAUGUCCGAGGCCUUGACCAUGGCCAUGUACUUCCUCAUCUGUCGAGAACUCGGUGACUCUGGCAUGUUCCCCGGGAAUGAAUACUUUUGGACAUCAAUCGACGACAGUUCCUACUCGCCUAGUCUGGCCGAUUUGUCCGUUUGGGCUACCACCCAGGAACAGUGCAAGGAUGAAGCUUUCAACCACUCUAAUGGCGAUAUCUUUGUUUGGAAGUACUUCUGGCCCGCGAUUGGCAAAUACUUUGGUCUUGAGGUCCCCGAACCCAACUUUCAAAAAGCAGUCGGUCAGGCAGAAACACUCAGCAACGAAUUCGACAUGAUGGAAUGGGCCAAAGACAAGCGCCCCGUCUGGGAGAGAGUGGUUCAGAAGUACGGUGGAAAUGUCGAAGCCUUUGACUGGGGCACUUGGGGCUUCUUCAACUGGGCCAUGGGUAAGUCGUGGCCGACCAUUUCGUCGGUGAACAAGGCUAGGACGUAUGGAUGGGGCCGUGUUGACAACACCUAUGAUACUUGGAUUGAUACUUUCCGGUCUUUUGAGAAUGCGGGAAUUCUGCCUCGUCAUUCUGCUUUGAUGAGGGAUGCUUAACUUUAGAAGUUGUUGGUAUCAUUGUGGUUUAGAUACGAUAGAUAUAGAAAAGCGCACCGCAACAACAUUAUAUAUUCUCCUGCAACAUUACAUUUAUUCAGAUUUUUCUCUUCGACUACUAUAUAAAGGUGAUUACCAUGACUAAUUUCAUGGAAUCAGUAUUUCAACAAAAUCAGAUUAUUACACAUUAAGCCAUAUGAUCGCAUCAUAGCAAUAUAAUACGAUGCAUCAAAACCAAAACUUUUACCAACACCAAUC